AUGUCUCUUGACAGACAUGCUUGUCACUGUGGAAAGAGCUUCGCCCGCAAGGAACAUCUCACCAGACAUCAAGCCACCCAUGAACAACUGGCCUACGGCUGCGAGGUGUGUCAGCGGCGCUUCAGUCGCAAAGAGCUCCUUCGUCGCCAUGCAGCGGUACAUGAAUUGAACUAUACACGCGCCGUUGUGUCCUGCAACGCAUGCCAUGCGAAUAAAACCAAAUGUUCUGGUGGCCCUCGGUGCUCACUUUGUGCGCGACGAGGCAUCAACUGCACCUUUCAACGGGGGACUACCGAAUCUGCCUCUUCUUUCCCUGCUAGAGAUGAAUGGCUUCUGAAUCUCUCGAUUAUCCCGUCUAAGCAGAUCUAUCCAGGCGAUCUGGAGGCCCUCUCCCCUGGAAUGGAGGCUAUACACCAAGUCCUUGUGGCGGAAAAGCCUUCGUCAUUAGAAGAGGCUAUCCAAGAGUCGGAUGAAUGGCGGGAAUGGCGGACUCGGUGCAUGGAGACCUAUUUUCAGUGCUUCCAUCUCCGCUGGCCGAUUCUAAACGCCCCCUCGUUCGACUUGACCACUGCCUCUUUAUCCUUGACAGCCUCGGUGUGUGUUAUCGGAACACAGCUUCAAAAGGAUUCAAGGUCAACAGAAAGACUCUGGGCCGAUCAAGUGCACGACCUUCUUCUAGAGCAGCUGCUCCGUGCUUUGAUUGACCCUGGCCUCAUGCCCCAAGGACAGGCCUGGCCAAUCGACCUCUUCCAGGCCGUUCUCUUGACUCUGGUCUUCUCACUCUACCGCACCGAUGAGAGUGUCCUGUCCAGCGCGAUGCUUCUUCGAGCCACAUUCAUCUCCCGUCUCCGUGAGAUCGGGGCGUUCAAUGCUGAACAGCUGGUCACUCAUCUUCAAACGCAUUUCAGCGGCACAUACGCGCCGUAUACAUUAAGCAUGCGCGAAAAGUUCCGCCGCUUGCUGGCCUUGACGUAUCAGUUUGACGCCUAUUUCGCUCUUGCAUAUGGCCAGCCGCCCAUCCUGCACCGCCAGGAGGUCAGAGUACAUUUACCGACGACAUUUGCGCUGUGGAAUGCUCAUGGGCUGGAUAUCUUCGCCCAGCGACUCCCGGAAGAGCCUGCCGGACGGUCUGGAUUCCUGAUCUCUGAAAUGACCCAGGCGCCGAGUUCAUUUGCGGCGUCGCAGCUCCUAGUAGAGGAUAUCAUCCUAGGUCUAUGCGGUAUCGUACAGUCGAUCUGGAUCUUUCGACACGAGGAACACCACCACACUCUCCAGAAGGCUCUUCUCAUUGACACUCUUGAAAUCUGGAAGUCUGAGCUGGGUAGGAUCAAUGAUUUGGCCAAGACAGAAACUAUCACCAGUGACGUGGCAAAAUACCUGUUGCUCGCGUAUCGUGGAGAAGACGAGUCUAUACCGGCAAUCUUAAAACGCAUCACUUCUCUAGUACAAGACGGAAUGGUUCUCUCCCUCUACUUGGAGAUGUACCUGCAGCAGAAUGAUGAGGGCUUGGACGGCUUUAGAAGUGCCUUGCGGAUGCACAUGAAUGAUUCAAUGCAGUCCUUUUCUCCUCUUAUAAGACACGCACUUGCCAUGGCUGAGAGGACUCAAGGAAGCAUUACCUCAGACUGA